UUCAAUUAUAUAAAUAUGUAUAUCCCUGUAAAUAGCAGACAUUUAAAAUUAAAGUAUUAGAUUAGUAGUACAGUAAAAUAUAGAUAUCCUAGUGUCUAAUUACUUUUGUAAUGAUGAGUAGAUCUAAGAAAUCUCGUAAAAUCUAUGAAUCUGAAUCAGAUUCAGCUAGUAUAGAUAGUGCUGAAGAAGCCAGACAAAAAGACCUCAGGGAAAGAGACGAAUUUGCUAAUCGUCUGAAGAAACGAGAUGAGGAAAGAACUAGAAAUAUUGUUCAAGCAUCUGAUAGGCGUGCUUAUGAAGAAGCUGCAAAAAGACUUAAACUGGAAAAUGCUGACAGAGAAAAAAUUAUUCCUAAACUUAGAAUUCAAUCUAGACGUAAAUAUUUAGAGAAACGAAAAGAUGAUAAACUUGCUGAAUUAGAAGCUGAUAUUGCAGAUGAUGAAUAUUUAUUUGAGGAAGAAAUAUUAACAGAACGUGAACGAAAGGAGCGACAGCAUAAAAAGGACUUAUUACGAUUAGCACAAGAACAUGAAAAGGCAAGGGAAUUAGAGCGUGUGCAAAGGUAUCAUAUGCCCAGAGAUUUAGGUAAAGAUGCUACUUCAGAUUAUGUUGAAGUGGAUGAACUGGAGAAGGCACCUCAAUCUGAACAAAAGAAAUGGGAAAAAGACCAAAUGGCAUCAGCCGUUUUCAAAUUUGGUGCGAAAGAUGCUAUUAAAAAAAAGGAAUAUGAAUUACUUCUGGAAGAUCAAAUACAAUUUAUUCAGGCCCUACAAAUGCCAGGUUCAACAGAAAAGAAAGAACCAGAAUUGACAGAAACAGAAAAAAAGAAGCUUAGUAUUGAGGAAACUAAAAAAAGUUUACCUGUUUAUCCAUUUAGAGACGAUCUAAUUCAAGCUGUUCGUGAACAUCAAGUUUUAAUAAUUGAAGGAGAGACUGGUUCAGGGAAAACUACACAAAUCCCCCAAUACUUACACGAAGCUGGCUUUACAGAAAAUAGUAAAAAGAUUGGGUGCACGCAACCAAGAAGAGUGGCUGCAAUGUCUGUAGCUUCUAGAGUUGCUCAAGAAAUGGGUGUUAAGUUAGGAAAUGAAGUUGGAUAUGCUAUUAGAUUUGAGGAUUGUACAUCAGAACGUACAGUUAUAAAAUAUAUGACAGAUGGUACAUUACAUAGAGAAUUUUUAUCAGAACCCGAUUUACAGUCUUAUAGUGUUAUGAUAAUUGAUGAAGCCCACGAACGUACACUACAUACUGACAUCUUAUUUGGUUUAGUUAAAGACAUUGCAAGAUUUCGACCGGACCUUAAAUUAUUAAUAUCCAGUGCUACACUUGACGCUCAAAAGUUUUCAAACUUCUUUGAUGAUGCACCAAUUUUUCGUAUACCUGGAAGAAGGUUUCCUGUUGACAUAUAUUACACUCGUGCUCCUGAAGCGGAUUAUGUAGAUGCGUGUGUUGUUUCAGUAUUACAAAUACAUGUGACACAACCAUUGGGUGAUAUAUUAGUAUUUUUAACAGGUCAGGAUGAGAUUGAAACUUGCCAAGAACUAUUACAGGAUCGUAUAAGACGGUUAGGAUCGAAAGUGAAAGAACUCAUAAUUUUACCAGUUUAUGCUAAUCUUCCUAGUGAUAUGCAAGCAAAAAUUUUUGAACCUACUCCACAUGGUGCAAGGAAAGUUGUUUUAGCAACAAACAUUGCAGAAACGUCACUUACCAUAGAUAAUAUAAUUUAUGUAAUUGAUCCAGGUUUUGCAAAACAAAACCAUUUCAAUUCUCGAACUGGUAUGGAAAGUUUAAUGGUUGUGCCUAUUUCAAAAGCAUCUGCCAAUCAAAGGGCAGGUAGGGCAGGCCGUAUUGCAGCAGGAAAAUGUUUUAGAUUGUAUACUGCUUGGUCUUACAAGCAUGAAUUAGAAGACAAUACAGUACCUGAAAUUCAGAGAAUAAAUUUGGGAAAUGCAGUUUUAAUGUUGAAGGCACUGGGAAUUAAUGAUUUGGUGCAUUUUGAUUUUUUAGACCCACCACCACAUGAAACUCUAGUAUUAGCUUUAGAACAACUUUACGCCUUGGGUGCCUUAAAUCAUCAUGGAGAACUCACUAAAUUAGGCAGAAGAAUGGCAGAAUUCCCAGUAGAUCCUAUGAUGGCUAAGAUGUUAAUUGCUUCAGAAAAAUAUAAAUGUUCUGAAGAAAUGGUUACAAUAGCUGCCAUGUUAUCAGUAAAUGGUGCCAUAUUUUAUAGACCAAAAGAUAAAAUUAUACAUGCUGAUACUGCUAGAAAGAAUUUUAAUCACACUGGUGGAGAUCAUUUAAGUUUAUUAAAUGUUUAUAAUCAGUGGAGAGAUUCUGAUUAUUCGACACAAUGGUGUUAUGAAAAUUUUAUCCAAUACAG